AUGGAGCAUCAGCAGUAUCCUUAUCAUAAUCCGUUCGAAAGACGUCCCAUCCUCAAAUCCAAGGCUCCUGCUGUUAAGUGGAUCAAGGAGUGGGUACCACAAGAUAUCGUUGCUACAGGUGGGAAGUGCUAUCUUCGCAAAUGGGUUACAGAGGAAACCGUGAAGAGACUGAAAGAGAAAGAGGAAGAGCCUGAGGUUCCAGAGCCUGAGCCGGAACCUACAACAGAGGUUUUAUUUCUCUGCAGCUACGAAGGAUGUGGAAAGACUUUCUUUGAUGUUAGUGCCUUGAGAAAGCAUUCCCACAUCCAUGGAGAAAGGCAGUAUGUUUGCCAUUACAUAGGAUGUGAAAAGAAAUUUCUGGACAGCUCAAAGUUGAAGAGACACUUUCUCAUUCAUACUGGGGCGAGGGACUUUGUAUGCACUUAUGAAGGCUGUGGAAAGGCAUUCUCCUUGGAUUUUAACCUUAGAUCUCACAUGAAGACUCAUUCACAAGAGAAUUAUCACAUCUGUCCUUACUCUGGGUGUGGAAAGAGAUAUGCUCAUGAAUACAAGCUAAAGAACCAUGUUGCUGCCUACCAUGAAAAGAAUGUUGCUGGAGAUACGCCGAAAUAUACUCCACCCGCAGAGAAGGUGUCAAGGAGUGUCAAAGCAAGUGCAGCGGUUUAUGGCUCAGCGUCUUUGGAUCGGCCACACGCAUGCCCUUACGAAGGGUGUGAGAAAGCUUACAUACAUGAGUACAAGCUUAAACUCCACUUGAAGAGAGAGCAUCCGGGGCAUUUACAAGAAGAGAACACGGAGAACCAAACACCGAACAAGCACAACGGCAGUGACAGGAAUGAUUUGGAUGAAGGGAGUGACCAAGAGUUUUACAGGAAACCCGGGAAAAGCCAGACACACAAACAACAGAGCAGAGCUAAGCCAAACAUGAGGACACCACCAGCUAAAGUUGGAAAGAAAGGUUCAACCUCUUCACCAGCUAAAGUAAGUAUCGCGAAAAAACCAUGGCAAGUGAAAGAAAUGUUUGAAGGAGAAAGAGAAGAAGAAGAAGAAGAAGAUAGCGAGGAGACAGAGGAAGAUAGAGAGAAUGGCUGGAGGUUUGGGGAAAACAACAAUGAGGAUGAUGACGAAGAGACCGAGUAUGAAGACUAG